GCGGCGGCGGCGGCGGCGGCGGCGGCGGCGGCGGCGGCCGAGCGGGGUCAGUUCUCCGCGGUGCUUGCCAAUGUGGGAGCCGCCUGCAAAGCGUCCGCGGCCAGAAGUUUUUGGAGCCCUGAGGGAUACAGCAGUUUGGUCAAUAUUGUUUUAACAUGCUUCAAAUAAAUCAGCUUCUCUCCAAGAUAAAAUGGCAAACCCCAAAGAGAAAACUCCAAUGUGUCUGGUAAAUGAGUUAGCCCGUUUCAAUAGAGUCCAACCCCAGUAUAAACUUCUGAAAGAAAGAGGGCCUGCUCAUUCGAAGAUGUUCUCAGUGCAACUGAGUCUUGGUGAGCAGACAUGGGAAUCCGAAGGAAGCAGUAUAAAGAAGGCCCAACAAGCUGUUGCUAAUAAAGCUUUGACUGAAUCUACACUUCCCAAACCAGUUCAGAAACCACCCAAAAGUAAUGUUAAUAAUAACCCAGGUAGUAUAACUCCAACUGUGGAACUGAAUGGGCUUGCUAUGAAAAGGGGAGAGCCUGCCAUCUACAGGCCAUUAGAUCCAAAGCCUUUCCCAAAUUAUAGAGCUAAUUACAACUUUCGGGGCAUGUACAAUCAGAGGUAUCAUUGUCCAAUGCCCAAGAUAUUUUAUGUUCAGCUGACUGUAGGAAAUAAUGAGUUUUUUGGGGAAGGGAAGACCCGACAAGCUGCUAGACACAAUGCUGCAAUGAAAGCCCUCCAAGCACUGCAGAAUGAACCUAUUCCAGAAAAAUCACCUCAGAAUGGCGAAUCAGGAAAAGAAAUGGAUGAUGACAAAGAUGCGAAUAAAUCGGAGAUCAGCUUAGUGUUUGAAAUAGCUCUGAAGCGAAAUAUGCCCGUCAGUUUUGAGGUUAUUAAAGAAAGUGGACCUCCACAUAUGAAAAGCUUUGUUACUCGGGUGUCAGUAGGAGAGUUCUCUGCAGAAGGAGAGGGAAAUAGCAAAAAACUCUCCAAGAAGCGCGCUGCAACCACCGUCCUACAGGAGCUUAAGAAACUUCCGCCUCUUCCUGUGGUUGAAAAGCCAAAAUUAUUUUUUAAAAAACGCCCUAAAACAAUAGUAAAGGCUGGACCAGAGUAUGGUCAAGGAAUGAAUCCCAUUAGCCGCCUGGCUCAAAUUCAACAGGCCAAAAAGGAAAAGGAGCCAGAUUAUGUUUUGCUUUCAGAAAGAGGAAUGCCUCGACGUCGGGAAUUUGUGAUGCAGGUCAAAGUAGGCAAUGAAGUUGCUACUGGAACAGGACCUAACAAAAAGAUAGCCAAAAAAAAUGCUGCGGAAGCAAUGCUGUUACAGCUUGGUUAUAAAGCAUCCACUAGUCUUCAAGAACAACUUGACAAGACAGGGGAAAACAAAGGAUGGAGUGGUCCAAAGGCUGGGUUUCCUGAACCAACAAAUAACACUCCAAAAGGAAUUCUUCAUUUGUCUCCUGAUGUUUAUCAAGAGAUGGAAGCCAGCCGCCACAAAGUAAUCUCUGGCACUACUCUAGGCUAUUUGUCACCCAAAGAUAUGAACCAACCCUCAAGCUCUUUCUUCAGUAUAUCUCCCACAUCGAAUAGUUCAGCUACAAUUGCCAGGGAACUCCUAAUGAAUGGAACAUCUCCUACAGCUGAAGCCAUAGGUUUAAAAGGAAGUUCUCCUACUCCCCCUUGUUCUCCAGUACAACCUUCAAAACAACUGGAAUAUUUAGCAAGGAUUCAAGGCUUUCAGGUUCACUACUGUGAUAGACAAAGUGGCAAAGAGUGUGUGACCUGUCUGACAUUAGCCCCUGUGCAGAUGACUUUCCAUGCAAUUGGAAGCUCCAUUGAAGCCAGCCAUGACCAGGGCAGGAACAAAUGCAAGAGGAGCAUGAGGUAACCAUCCUACAAAAGCUUGUCCUCCUUAGGCUGAGCUAAGAAAUGAAAGAGUGCUUCAGAAACCCACAUCUAAGAAGAGCAACCCAUUGUUAGCAGAGGUAGCAUGUUGCUAUGAAAGAGCACUGGGAUGGGAAUAGAGACUAAGAUCAAACCUAGAUUUGCCAAGAAGUAGAUUUGCCAUGUGGGAGCUUGUCUCUUUACCUCUUGGAAUGUGGCUUCUUUAUGAAUAAAAUGAUUAGGCGGUUCAAGCUUAUGCCCAGUCCAUGUGGCAAGAUAUACAAAGUUUUGGGCUAGUUAGUCCAUAUGGUACUUAUACAAAUUAGGGAGGAAAAAGGAGCUUCUUCCUCAAGGCAUGUUUCCGCUAUCCAAAUCCAUAAGACCUACAGUAUGAAUAGAGUACCCCCGCACCCAUGAGGUGUUCAGUACAUAACCUACACAACUGUACAUGGAGGUGUUAUACUACAUCUAUCUGGAAUGUCAGUUUUACUCAAUGGUAAGUAAAUAAAGACAUUUUUAUAUUAAAGCAAAUAUAGUUGUACUAGAUAUGAUGAAUUUACAUGCAUUUUAAGGUAAAAAAAGGUUUUCAGGAAAUGCAUUGAUCAUGAUCAGAUAGAUGGAUGGAAGAUAGAUAGAUGAGUAAAUGAAGGGAGCUGUGACUGGAAUGGUCAUCUUGUAUAACAAACUCUACUUUGGUGGCUUCCAAGGCGCAAAUGGAAGUAAUGGCGUGAUCAGUACUCAUCCUUUGAAUUAUUUGGCUUCCUGAGGAAAGGAAACACAGUGAACUUCUACUCCACAUCUUCUAGCUUUUCUUUCUUUCUUUCUUUUUUAAGAUUUUAUUUAUUUAUUCAUGAUAGACACAGGGUGAGAGAGAGGCAGAGACACAGGCAGAGGGAGAAGCAGGCUCCAUGCAGGGAGCCCGAUAUGGCACUCGACCCCGGGACUCCAGGAUCGCGCCCUGAGCCAAAGGCAGGCGCUAAACCACCGAGCCACCCAGGGAUCCCUCUUCUAGCUUUUCUGCAUUAUGUUGCCACUACCCUUUCCUCAUACUGAAGGUCUAAGCAAAAAAUACUUCUUCAGCAUACUGAAAAUAUAAACUUGAUCUUGUAAGUUGGAAAGGAUGGACCACUAAAUGUUUUCUCACCUAUUUGUCAGUAAAUACUGGAAAACAUUUUAAAGCAAGAAAAAUUGGGACACAUGGGUGGCUCAGUGGUUGAGCGUCUGCCUUUGGCUCAGGGCAUGAUCACAGAGUUCUGGGAUUGAGCCCCACACUGAGCUCCCUGCAGCGAGCCUGCUUCUCCCUCUGCCUGUGUCUCUGCCUCUCUCUGUGUGUCUCUCAUGAAUAAACAAAUAAAAUAUUUUAAAGAAAUAAAGAAAGAUUAUAAUAAUUUACAAAAUGUCUCUAUUCUUAAUUCAUUUGAGCCAAUGCAAUUGAACAAACUAUUCUGAGAAAAAAAAAUAUGUAAAAUUUAGAGGCAGUCCUUCGUUAUGAAACUCACAUGGUUCUUAUCUGUUAGAAAAUAAAGGUGAGAAAUGGAAGAGCUCUCUAGCCUUGAACAUUUACAGCUUACCAUACAUUUUUAGAUUUAAUUCUAGGAACUCAGUAAAAUAAAGAGUAAAUGUUUUAUACAGUGUAUUCACUCAUAUCUUAAGGAGCAAGAGGACAAGGACUAUUUUAAAUACCUAUCAAAGGUCCAUACAGAUCUACAGAAUGGUGGAGAGAGAUGCAGUAUCACCUGUAUGCUGAUGAUGUCUGAAUGUAUGGAACUUUUAAUUCUCGCGCCCUUCCCACCCGCCAAAAAAAACUCUGCUUCCUCCCUCCUCCCCUGUCUUUUCCUUUUAACCAUCCAGGGAAAUGACACCACCAAGCUCCUUGGAGCAUCUUUGCCUCAUCUCUCCUCCUCAAAUGCCACAUCCGGUUCCAGUAUCCCUUCCUCUGAAUUACAUCUGUUACCUGACCACUUUUCACCACCUCUGAUGCAGCCAUUGUAGUCGCUAUCAUGUUUUUUUUUUUUUUUAAGAUUUAUUUUUAAGUAAUCUCUAUACCCAACAUGGGGCUCAAACUUACAACCCCAGGAUCAAGAGUCUUAUGCUCUGCUGACUGAGCCAGUCCUGUUUAUCGCAGACAAUUGCAGUUGUCUUUAGACUGGCUUCGUUUAUUCUACUUCUAUUCCAUUGUGGUAUAUCUUCCACAUAGUAGCCAAAAAUAUUUUAAGUUAAUCAGAUCACAUUAUUCAGCUGCUCAGAAACUGCCAGUGACUUCUCAUCACACCUACUAUAAAUCCAAAAGUUUUUGUUAUGACAUGUAAGUCCCUAUGUGAUUUGGCUCUCUCCACCUCUCCAAUUUCAAUUCCUGCCAUCUCCUUUUCACUCAGUAUCCCAGUCUUACUGGCUUUGUUACCAGUUAUAUCAUGACAGAUGAAAGAAACCAGACUCAAAAGGCUACAUACUAUAGAUUCAAUGCAUAGGACAUUGUGGGGAAGACAGAACUAUAGACAUAAAAAACAGAUCAUUGGUUGCCAGGGCCUGAAGAGGGAUUGUCCAUAAAUUGUCACAACAAUUUUUGGGAGUGAUGGAAAUGUACCAUAUCUUGAUUGUGGUGAUAGGACAUGACUGUAUGCAUUUAUUAAACUUACCGAACUGUAUGCUAAAAAGGGUAAAUUUUACUGUAUUUAGAUUAUACCUCAAUAAACCUAACUUAAAAAAA